AUGGAUGUCCACGUACAGUCUACGGUGAUAGCUGUAAUGCCGCUGCUAAAUUUGAAGUUGAGUGAGAUUUGCAAGACUUUACUAGAUAUGGUAAUUGAGUCGAAACUAGAAUCCAAUAUAGAAGCGCUUAAACUGAGAAAAGAAGAAUGUUUAUCACGAUAUAACCAACACUUUAAACAAAAAAAACUAUUUGGUGACUUAUUUGCUACUACAACGCUCACGCCUAUAGAUACGUCCGAUGGAGUGCCUAGGUGCGGCAAUUGUCAUUGGGAAGCACAUGGGUCGGUAUGCCUUCAUUGUGGUACGAGGUUCAGAAUGCCACGAUAUAGUGACGAUGAAGAAGAGGAGGAUGAUGAUUAUGAGGAUGUUCGCACGAGCCGCGGGGUUGCCAUUGGUGUCAAUGAGGGUGAAUUACUGGAUGCAUACGACUCAAACGAUAGCUUUAUUGAUAGUCGGCCUGUGGAAGAGAUUGAAGGGGAGUUUAGCACCAGUCAUAAUAUAACGUUUAGUGAUGAUGAUUUGGAUGUGCUAUCUUCAGAAGACGAAGCGACAAGAGCAGGAUUGACCGAUUGGAAUGGGUUUGAAAGUGCUUCGUCUAGUGUUGUUGGUAGCAGGACAGAUCGUAGGCGACCGAUUGCAAGAUUACGUAUAAUGUCAGAUGAUCUGGAUUUCGAUAUAGCAGGAGAUAUUCAGUUGGAUGGAGUUGAUGAAAGUGUUGAAUGGACCGACUCGGUGACUGGUCUAAUUGAUAGCCAUAGUAGCGAGGACGGCUCUGACGCAUUUGUUGAGAACGAAGAAGAAGAAGAAGAAGAUGAUGAUGAUGAUGGAGGGAGCGAAUUCGAAGUGAGUGCAGGAGGCAAUGACAGUGAAGAGAGCAAUAGUUAUUAUGACAAUUACGACGACGAAGAUGAUGAUGACGGUCGCUAUUAUUUGAGUGAGUGA